GCACACAAACACGCAUCCCAUUUACAGCCAAAGACCGCUGAGCAGCCACGCACGCGCUCUGAACUUUAAAGUAGUCCAGAGUGUAAUCUGGCCAUUAUAGGGGAUUUCGAUCGGAAGGGGAAAAAAGAAGAAGAAUAACAACAACCUAAGCAAUUCGUGCAAUGCGAGGAUAGUGUAUAUUUGCCACAGGACUACACAGACUUUCAGUAAGAUGCUAAUCCUGUGACGGCACGAGCGGCUUGCGCGCGCUCCACCCGCUUCCAGUGCGCAGGGGAUUUCCGUCUACCUGCAGAGACAUUCCGGAUUAAGAAAGCAGCUCUAAUGGCUCUAUAACACACUUCAGCCGCGCGCGCGCGUGUGUGUGUCCAGUGAAGCGGCAUUGGGAAAGAUGAUGGGAGAGUGUGUGUGGCGGCGUGUUGUGUCUCUGAGUCUCAGGUUGAUGCUUGUUAUUCCUGCAGGUCUGCCGGUACGGAGUCAGGGGGACACACAGUCCGAUAAUACCGUGAUGGACAACAUAACUGUCCGACAGGGAGAGACUGUCUUCCUCAGUUGUUCUCAAGGCGAUGCCGUGACGCACACGGCCUGGCUGAACAGGUCCAGUAUACUAUAUGCCAGCGAGGAUAAGUGGUCCGUGGAUCCCCGAGUCAGCCUGGUCACCCUGAACCGUGACGAGUUCACCAUCAAGAUCGAGAACAUAGACUUGAGUGACGAGGGACUGUACGUGUGUGCCGUUCAGACCAGCAGCAAGCCCAGAACCACCUCUGUCCAUAUUAUUGUGCAAGUCCCUCCAAAAAUUGUCAACUUCUCAAACAGUUUGGUGGUGAAUGAAGGCUCCAGCGUCACACUGAUGUGUUUGGCUAACGGCAAACCAGAGCCUGCAAUCAGCUGGAAAAUGACCCAAAAAGGAAACGAUGACAUCGAUUCAGAAGACGAGUAUUUUGAGAUCCCUUCCAUCAGCAGAAACAAAGCAGGAAUGUACGAGUGCACAGCAGCCAACGACAUCGCCGUCGACAGAAAGACAGUGAAGCUGGUGGUCAACUAUCCUCCCACCGUGUUUGAAGGUAGAGAUGUAGGUGUCUCUCUGGAUCACACUGGGGUCUUGACGUGCGAGGCAGAUGCUGUGCCAAAGGCAGAUUUCGAGUGGUACAGAGAUGACAGAAGGAUCUUCAGUGGCUUUGAAGGUAUUAAGAUCGAGGACACCGGAUUCACGUCAAAACUGACUUUUCACAACGUGUCUCAGGAAGACUAUGGAAAUUACACGUGCGUCGCCAUCAACAAACUCGGGAGUGCGAACACAAGCAUCAUUUUAUAUGAAGUAAUUGAACCCACUAGCUCGACGCUCUUGCAAGAAGUGACUUCAUCUGUUUUAGAGCAAACAGCCACUGAACGCAAUCAGUUGCGGGAAGGACCCGGUGCAGUUCAAGACGGUAACAGCGGCAAAGCGGGGACGUACACACCCAUCUGCCUGUUCCUCGCCGUCGCCCUGCAGCUACUGCUCACGUUUUGAUGGUGAAGAGGUUUUCGGCUGGAAUUGGUCCCAUCUCUCUCGUCACUCAUAUCAACCCCUGCAGCCACCGAUGAGAGCAGAGGGCGGGCAUGUGAUUCCCCACUACACCUUUUUAAUAAAGUAAUCAUCCCAUUUUACUUUAUACUAGUGUCAAAUAAAUCUCUCCUAUAUUUUUUAUCUUAUCUUUUUUUUUUCUUUCUUUUGCCCCAGUAAAAAUCUCAUGAUUUAUACAUAGGAAACAGGCCUAUUGAGGUGAGGCUUGUCCAGUAUAUAUUUGCAUAUAAAAGAAUUUCUGUAACUGUAGUUUAAUUUAACCAAAUGUAACUUCUUCUAAAACUUUAGUAUCAAACUUAAUAAGAAAAUAAUAUUAUUCCAAGUACGUUUGGUAUUCUAAGUAUUAUUCCAAUGCACAUACUGUAUGUCUCCCUUCUCUUGUUUGUCAUCACAUUCAAUGACCUCAAGAAAUAAGAAUUACUGUAUAAUUAUUUUUAACAUUUGUUUUUUGGUAAUGCCAUAUUCCAGAGUUUUUGGGGAGACCGGGCACAUCUGCUACUCCCCAUUGUACUUUUCUUUUUUUUUUUCGGAUGGUAAUAUUUAUAAGUUUUUUUUUGUUGUUUUUUUUUGCAAAUGAAUUCAUACAAGACAGACUUUGGUGUAACUUUUAUUUGAUUUUUUUUUUUUUAUUUGGUGUAACUUUUAUUAAAUGGAAAAGGCAAAGUGGGUAAUCUUGCAGAACCAUUAAGAAACUCACUACUAACAUUUAAUUUAGUCUGCAGGAGAGAACAUUAAAAAGGAGUUUGGGAUCAUUUAAUGUAAUAUGAUUACAUUAAUUACAUACGAUAUACACCAAUUAAAAAUGCAUUGUUUUGUUCGUUUUUAAUAUUAAUAUUAUCAAGCAACAAUAGAUUUCAACUCCAGUCGCUCAUUGCUUUUUGAUCGAGUAGGGCUGCAUUCUAGGUCUGGGGUAAAAACCAAGAGGUAGACAUUUCCAUUCCACCGACCGAGACAGCCCAAAGUCAUCAUUGUUAAGUUGGUUUUGAAGUUACAAUUGCUGUAGCUCAAACAAUUUUUUUUUUCAACCCAUACCUAUAUUCUGUGUAAUAAUGCACCUUCUUCAAUUUUUCAAUAAUUCUAAAAGUUCCCAUCCUGACAUAACUCAUCAUCACUAAGUUCUCUUCUCUAUAUGCAUAUGAUUUGUACAAAGGGAAAAUAUGCACCUGUUUUUACUAAAGUUGUGAACCAGUUUAAUACAAUGCAACAGACUUUUCUAUUUUAUGUUGCUGCUCUGGUUGGAGUCAUGUAAUUUAUUUCUGAAAUUUGCAUUGUUUUGCAUUAGAGUAACUUCUAAAAAAAAAAAAAUGUUUAUUGUAAAAAUCUGAUAUUAAGUAGUGUGCUUUCCAUAUGGUAUAUGGGCAGGAUGAAGUAAAAUUGUCUAUCAUCGUCUUACCUUCAAUAUCUGAGUUUCAGAAUGGUAUCGUUGCAGAGCAGCUGUGUGGUCUGCUUGAGCAUCUAUACAUUAUAAUUUUUUUUAUUAUUUUUGUCUCAUUGUUUUUGCCUGAAUAUUUGCUAUAUCCCCAGUCAGAGUACCUCAAAGACAGAGCAAAACUCACAUGAUGAUGAUUUUUGCACUACAGUCAGUGUGCAUGUCCAGAUUUAAUUUACAGGAAGACUUUAGUAGCUGUGACUGGUGAAUAAAAAAAAAACAAUGUAGAAAAAAAAUAUAAUAAAUAAAUAAAUAACUUUCUCAUAUUGACAUGCCCAGCAAAAAAAAAAAGACAGCCCUGGGCACAAUGAAGCUUGAAACAGAAGUUUAAAGGGAAAAAUCAUUAUCUAUCAUUAUAAUGGUGAAUUUCAAGCACAAGGUAUGAUUACAUUUAAGAUGUGUGGCAUUUGUGCAGAAUUUUGUAUGUGGUUACCUAUAAAGAUAUACUGUAAAACCCUACAGUUUUGUCUUUAUUUUAUUCUUUAUUCUUAUUUCCUUUUUUUUUUUUUUAGCAGGUUUGGCCUUUAUAAAGUGUAGGUGCAAUAUAGUUGUCUUUCAAAAGCAUCAUGAAAGCACAGAAAUCUCAUUUCACACUUUUCCCAAUCUGAAAUCUCAAGCUUAACUUGCACCCACUCUUUAGGGCUGUUUGUGACGUGUGUUUAGAAAGUGAACUUUGUAAUCUGGGGUUAUGAACCGAGGCAUUUGGUAGAACUGAACCUGUUACUGCGCCAUGUUAUCUUCUGAAGGGGAGUGAUGCUCAUCUGUGCAUGGCCAGAGCCCACACCUUUACUAUGGAUGAGUGAACUGGUGCAAAUUUGUUGAAAAAAUAAAUAAAUAAAUAUAAAUAAUAUAAUAUAAUAUAAUAUAAGGCACCAAAUCAAGUCUUAAAAAAAUAAUAAUAAUGUAUCGCUCUUCUCCUACAUGAUUCCGUAGAGAGGACCAAAUCAAAUUAAACUCCCUGUAAUGUAAAGUAAUUGUUGCUUCAUGUUUUUCUUUAUGGAUAUUGUGUGUUCAUAUUUAAGACUUACAACAAUAAAAUGUUGUAUCUAAACAGAA